CGUCAUCUUACUGCUAAGCCUCUAGUCAAACUACAGCAUCAUUGUGUCUGACGGACAAAGUAUCGCAUAGCAAAAACCACAACAUCUCAUAACUAGACACGAUGCCUCUUCCCACUGGUGUAUAUCGGGCCGACCACGUCGGCUCCUUCCUUCGGCCCAAAGCCGUCCUCGAAGCGCGUACAAAGGCAGCCAACGGUGAGAUCACCGCCGACGAGCUCCGUAAUGUCGAAGACGAACACAUCAAAUACGUUGCAAAGAAGCAAAUAGAGAGCGGUCUCCGAUCCAUAACCGACGGCGAGUUCCGCCGCGCAUACUUCCACCUCGACUUCCUCAAGCACGUCGAAGGUAUUGAGGAGAAAGGUCAAGUGGGAAACAUCAGGCACAAGGAUGGCUUUUCGCCACCAACGCUGGUCGUAAAGGGAAAGCUGGCCCACCCCGAGGCCAUCCAGGUAAAGGACUUUCAGUUCCUUGAGCAAGCGAUCAAAGAGAAUGGCGGCAAGGCGAGCACAAAAGUCGCCAUUCCGUCGCCAACAAUGGUGCACUUCCGUGGUGGACGCGCCUCGAUUGACAUCUCCGCAUACCCCGACCUCGAUGUCUUCUUCGAGGACCUCGCGCGCGUAUAUCAGGAAGAACUAGACAGCCUGUACAAGGCCGGCUGCCGCUUCGUCCAACUCGACGACACUAACCUGGCCUACCUGUGCGACCCCGACAUGCGCAAAGCCGCCGAACAGGAACGCAACGAAGACCUCAGCACCCUCCCCCGCAAAUACGCCGAGCUCAUCAACAAGGCCAUCGAGAAGCGACCUGCAGACAUGAAGAUCGGCAUCCACCUCUGCCGCGGCAACUACCGCUCCAAGUGGUUCGCCUCUGGCGGCUACGAGCCCGUUUCGGAAGUCCUCUUCAAGGAACUGAACGUCGAUGCCUACUUCCUCGAGUAUGACGAUGCGCGCUCUGGCGACUUUUCUCCGCUGCGCCAUCUGCCUGAGCACAAAGUCGUUGUGCUCGGUGUCAUGAGCAGUAAGAAGAACACUCUGGAUGACAAGGAGGAGAUCAUCAAGAGGCUACAUGAGGCGGCCAAGGUUGCCCCCAAGGGUCUUGACCAGCUUUGCGUGAGCCACCAGUGUGGAUUCAGCUCCACGGCUGAGGGCAACGAGUUGACGGAGGAGGAGCAGUGGGCCAAGGUCAAGCUGAGUGUAGAGAUUGCCAAGCAGGUCUGGGGCGACGACAUCAGCAAGUAAGAAGAAUCAUGUUUCGGUUGAAGGAAUUUGGAGGUGCUGGUACUGAGAUGAAAGCAUGAGUACGGUGUUGUGUAAAAGUGGUCUGAUCAGGUCUCAACGACUGAUCCAUGUAUGUAUUAUGAAGUAACGGUUCAACCCCAGUAAGAUUCAAUGUAUCAAUUACAACAACAUUCCCUCAUCAACACAUACUAGUGACACAAAAAGCAGUCAAAGCCGACGG